GCGGCUCUAGAACCCGGGGGCGUUCUAGAGCCGCGGGGCGGUUCUGGAUCUGAAGGGCGGUUCUAGAGCCCCCCCCCCGGCGCCGCCAUGCUGGUGGCGGGCUCGCAGUGCUGCCCCCCGCGGCUCGCGGAGUACCGGGGCUGCGGGGCCCUGCGCGGCGCCCAGGACAGAGGAAUCAAAAUCCCCCGGCAGCUGGGAAGGGGCCCCAGCGCCUUCAUCCCCGUGGAAGAGAUCCUGCGGGAAGGUGUGGAGUCCAGCCAGCGGCAGCUCUUCAUCGAGGCCUUCGUCUCGGCGGGCAGGGUGGACAACAUCGCCAUGGUCAUGGGGCUGCACCCUCAGUAUCUCAACAGCUUCUGGAAGACCCAGUACCUCCUGCUGCGCAUGGACGGGCCCCUGCCCUACCAUAAGCGCCACUACAUCGCCAUCAUGGCGGCAGCCCGGCACCAGUGCUCCUACCUGGUGGAUCUGCACAUGGCAGAGUUCCUGCAGGUGGGGGGCAACCCUGCGUGGCUGCAGGGGCUGAACUGUGCCCCCCAAAAGCUGAGGAACCUCAACGAGAUCAACAAGCUCCUGGCGCACCGGCCCUGGCUCAUCACCAAGGAGCACAUCGAGGCUCUCCUGAAGACGGGGGAGAAUAGCUGGUCCCUGGCAGAGCUGGUGCAGGCGCUGGUGCUCCUCACCCACUACCACUCACUCGCCUCCUUCGUCUUCGGCUGUGGCAUCAACCCCGAGGCAGAGCAGGAUGGGGGAACCGGCUGCCGGCCCCCCUCGCCCCACAGCGACAGCAGCCCUGCCUCCGAUGAUGGUGUGGGGGGCUCUGGGGGUAAAGAUGCCAUGCGGGAGGUGGAGAUGCUGAUGGAGAGGAUGAAGCUGCUGCAGGAAAGCCAGCUGGAGGAAGAGGGAGUCACGCAGGAGGAGAUGGCCACGCGCUUCGAGCUGGAGAAGACUGAGAGCUUGCUGGUUGCUCCCUCAGAUAUUGCAGAUCACUCCCUGCAGUCCAACGUCCUGUGCUUUGUGGAGGACCCCGACUUCGGCUACAAAGACUUCACGCGUCGGGGCGAGCAGGCACCCCCCACGUUUCGCGCACAGGAUUACACCUGGGAAGACCACGGCUACUCACUGAUCAACCGCCUCUAUCCUGAUGUGGGGCAGCUCUUGGAUGAGAAGUUCCAGGUGGUCUACAACCUGACAUACAACACCAUCGCCAUGCACUGUGGUGUGGACACCUCCAUGCUCCGCAGGGCCAUCUGGAACUAUGUCCACUGCGUCUUUGGGAUCCGCUAUGAUGACUACGACUAUGGGGAGGUCAACCAGCUCUUGGAGCGCAGCUUGAAAAUCUACAUCAAGACGGUGGCCUGCUACCCAGAGAAGACGACGAAACGGAUGUACACGCAGUUCUGGAGACACUUCAAGCACUCAGAGAAGGUGCACAUCAACCUGCUCUUGCUGGAGGCUCGGAUGCAGGCGGCUCUGCUCUAUGCCCUGCGAGCUGUCACCCGCUACAUGACCUGACAGGUCUUCGCUCCCUCCUUCUCCUGCCCCAGGCACGGGGGGCAGGUAAGUGGGGAGCCGGCACCUUAAAGACUUCACUGGAAUGUUGUCUCCUGCCUUAAGGGGCCUGGAGAUGUGGAAAGAAAGGGGAGGACUUCUCCUCCCUCUGCCCCUUAUCCCAGGAGAGGGGACCUCCAAGAAGCCGUGAAGAGCCCAGCUGUGCCCGCUGCACCCCGCUGGGCAGCUCUAGUCCCUUGCUGCUCCGGGGCUUGGCACAUACGGGGCUGCUCGGCUGCUCCCUGCCUUUCGUGGUGACCCGGAAUGAAGCCGAACCAAGGUGACUGCUGCUGGUGCCACCGCGGCUCCGCUGCCCGGACCCGCUGGGCUCAGGCAGAGCUGCCGGAGCCGCGUCCGGGAGGCGAGGCCGCGGAGGACUCUGCUCGUACCAAAGAUCUCUGGAGGGGAAUCGCCUUCUCCCCGGGGCCUGAGCACCUGGAUUGGUGCUGGAAGAGGUGCUGGGCUGCGGGCACCAUCCUGCCUGGCCGAGCCCCUUGCAACUCAGGACUCGCAAAGUGCCUCUUGAAGCAGGGCCGGGGCAGAAGCGAGGUGGGGGUAGGGGCAGCCGGGCUGUCUUACGCUGCCUUUCCCCCCCACCUCACCCCGGUGACGGCCAGGGGCAGGUCUCGGGGGGGGGGGGGGUCUCCAUCCUCCAGAGCCCCGCGGGGAGAGGGGGGAGCCACCGCUCGGGGUGCACGGGCUCCCCGCGCUCCCCCGACCUGUGUGAACCGGAGUGACGAUGUGAAACUGUGAAGAUAACUGUGAAGAGCUUGGAUAAAUCUCCUUUUCUUCUUGCUCUCUGCGUGCUGCUGGGGGAGGGCCUUGCUCCCUCCCCGUGCUCUCCGGGGGUAGAAACCCCCGGCAGAAGAACCUUCCUCCGGGGGGUCUGUUCCUCGGAAAGGGGCCGUUCUGCGGUGUAAGGCGGGGAGGGCGACCUUCCCGGCGGGCGGGCACCGUGCCGCCGCGGCCGAAGGGUGCGGGGCGGCGGUAGCUCGACCCCGCUGGGCCGGAGCGUUUUGCAGGGUGCGGGCGGCGCAGGAGCCCCCGCUCCCGGCGCUCCCCGGCGCUCGGCUCCGGGCACCCCCCAGCAGCGCCCGUUGCUGCAUGACUGUUGGUUUGUCUCUGCUGAGCUGUAGCUCUACUUAAAUUAUUUCUAUGUUUUGGGGAGCGCAUUUACCCAAACAGGGCACGGAAAUGCCCUCGUGACUUUGCUACAGAUGCUGUUUGAAUAAAUAAAUAAAUAAAUUAA